AAGCAACUCUGUUUAAAUCAUCUUUCAUAUUGAACAUACCGCACGAAUCAAAGUUUCCCGCUUUUUAAAACAACAUGGGAAAGUGAACAGGACGAUCUUUUGAGAUUUUGCAAAUUUUAUUUCUCUGCUGAAAGAACGAUUUCUAAAAAAAAAUCGAAUAGGAUUACAUUACUAACAACAGAUCAUCGCUUCAUUGAAAGAAAAAAAAAUCAAAAUAUAAGCAUUUAUUAACGUUAAACGGUCAAUAAUUAUGUAGUGCUCGAAGUGUUGUUGAUCGCGAGCAGCUGUCGGGCACAGCAUAUUUAAAUAGACAAAUACGAAAGAAAUUACUUAGUGUAUACGAAGAAAAAAAAAUUUGCAAUGUUUAUACAAGAUCUCAGACAGGAUUUCUACAAUCGACUAGUGGGCAAACGCCUGCUUAUAAUUGUCAAUUAUGAUAUCGACGCUAUAUGUGCUAGUAAGAUUUUGCAGUCCCUCUUCAAAUAUGACCACAUGCUAUAUUCGGUGGUACCAAUUAUGGGUUUGGCCGGUUUGCAACGCGCUUACAACGAACAUCAGGGUGAUGUAAAAUACGUGCUGCUAGUCAAUUGUGGCGGUUGUGUAGACAUUGUAGAAUUGCUGCAACCCGAAGAGAAUGUAACGUUUUUUAUCUGCGAUGCGCAUCGGCCGUUAGAUGUGUGUAACAUUUAUAGUGACCGACAGGUGUGCAUAUUAGGUGAUCCUGCGCUGGAAGAGAAUAUUCCCACAUUUGAAUCCAUAUUCUGUGAAUCAGAAGAUGAAGACAGUGACAAUGAGGGCGAUGAUGAUGCUGGCCAUGAUAGCGGUGCGGGCGGUUCUGAUGAAGAAGAUAGUGAAAAAGUUGAUCGACCACCCGCACAAAAGCUGAGUCGCCUCGAACGUCACGAGCAGCAUAUUAUAAAGCAACGUCAACGUCGUACAUGGGAAAACGAACGUGAUCGGAUAAUGUUCGAAUAUACACAAUACAGCUUUUAUGGGCGUUCGACAGCGUUAAAUAUAUUUGAAUUGGCUUGGAAACUGUCCAAGGAUAAUAUGGAUUUAUUGUGGUGGGCCAUUGUAGGUCUAACAGAGCAAUUGAUUUUGGGCAAAAUAGAGAGCAGCGCUUAUACGCUGGAAAUUGAAAAUGUGCAGUCGCAUGUAUCGCGUUUAACAAAUAAAACUAACGAUCAGAGCAAUAUGAGCGCCUCGAAGAUAAAUUUUGAAAAUGACUUGCAUUUAGUGUUGUACCGACACUGGAGUGUGGUGGAGUCAAUGCGUUACUCUAUGUAUUGUGCGUGCAAAUUGCGUUUAUGGACUUUGCGCGGCGAGAAGCGUCUGCAUGAGCUGCUGGUCGAAAUGGGUUUGCCAUUAGUGCAAGCGAGACAGAUGUUUAGCGCAAUGGAUUUGGUGUUGCGUCAGGAGUUCUAUAAAAUGUUGGAAAAACUGGCGGAAAAAUAUAAGAUUCCGAAUAUAGUAUAUGGUUCAUUUACGCUGAACUAUGGCUAUAGGAAUCGCUAUUCGGCGGCCGAUUAUGUCUAUGGCAUGCUAGCCAUUUUGGAAUCAGUGAAAAAGGAUAAAACACCAGAGGAUUGUUUUUUGGAAGCGUUGGAUAGCUUAUCGCGCAGCCAUCGUGACAUUAUGUUGCAAGGCAUUGAAAAUGCCAAGCUCUUACUAUCGUCCAUAUUCAAACAAGUACAAAGCAGCUUGGAAGCGCAUCAAGUGCUCUCUACAGGCACAUUCUUCUACUACAUUUUAAACGAGGAAAAUACAUAUUUCUCCUAUCCGUACGGUUUGACUUUGCUGGCAAAGUUUAUGUUAAACGGUCACGUAGCGGUGUCACGCAGUCGGCAAGCGCCGGAAUUGCCGUUAAUCGCCAGUUGUCCGGUAGACUUGGAACGCGGCCUCUGCCUCUUGGUGGGUAUACCACCGGUGCGUGAAGAUUCACCGAAAAAUUUCUUUGGCAAAGCGUUCGAACAGGCAGCUGGCAAGUGUAAUGCAGUUAUUUUACAGGAUUUCUUCGAGAGCUCGUUAAUACAAAUAAGACAAAAUGAUAUGGCGAAAUUUUUAGAUGCGCUCACUGUGCUUUUGGCUUAGUAAAAGUUGACUUUUAAGUUUAGUUUAUAAGCAGUUAAGUAAAUUAAAAUUUUAGACACGUUUUAUUUAUAAGAAAUGUAAUCAAUAUUUAACCGUUAUAUGACCUGAUAAGAUUGUUAAUAUUAGAUUUCUAGUUAUAUUUGUAAACACUAGCACAACAAUGACUUUGUAAUUUGUCAAUGCCGUUAUACGUAUUUAUGUUUUGUUUAGCAUUUCUCUCGACGCAAAAGAACGCAAAAUGCAUUGCAACAAAAAAUAGUGAGAAUAAGUUUUAUAUGCAAACCAUUAGAAAAACGUGCAUUAAAAUAAUAGCAAAAUAAAAUGCUGCAAACAGUUCAGCUUAAAAUAGAAACAAAACGAA